CUACAACACACAGACACUCGCACACAAACACGCUGACACACACUCGCUUACAGUGUACGGCUACAACUAAGAGAAUCUGAUCCUUUGUGUGUGUGUGUGUGUGUGAGUGAGUGAGUGAGUGUGUGAGUGUGCUCUUUUUUUAACCUUUUCUUCCCCUCUUUCGCUCCUUUCCUCUCGUCGUCACUGCCUCCCUCUCCCUGCCUCCUCUCUAUUUGCUCCUUUUCGGUGCGUGUCUGUGUGUGUGAACAGUGGGGAUAACAGACGCUCAUGUGAGCAGCCUCAGUGGCGGCAGCUCUGACCGGUCAGAGAGGAGAGAGGCAGAGAGCAGGGAUAACAGAGCCACCACCAUCAUUCUGAUCGGAUUCAUACAGACAUGUGAGAAGAUGUCCGUGGGCGGCUGCGCGUGUCCCGGCUGUUCCUCCAAAUCAUUCAAGCUGUACUCUCCCAAGGAGCCCCCGAACGGUAGCACUUUUCCCCCUUUCCACCCCGGCACCAUGCUGGACAGAGACGUGGGUCCCACUCCAAUGUAUCCGCCCACAUACCUGGAACCCGGAAUAGGGAGGCACACGCCAUAUGGCAACCAGACAGACUACAGAAUAUUUGAGCUCAACAAACGGCUACAGAAUUGGACAGAGGAAUGUGACAACCUGUGGUGGGAUGCAUUUACUACGGAGUUCUUUGAGGAUGAUGCUAUGUUAACCAUCACUUUCUGUCUGGAAGAUGGGCCCAAACGCUACACGAUUGGCCGGACGUUAAUUCCGAGGUACUUCCGGAGUAUAUUUGAGGGCGGAGCUACUGAACUGUACUAUGUGCUGAAGCAUCCCAAGGAAUCCUUCCACAACAACUUUGUGUCCCUCGACUGUGAUCAGUGCACCAUGGUGACUCAGAAUGGAAAGCCCAUGUUCACACAGGUGUGUGUAGAGGGUCGCUUGUACCUGGAGUUCAUGUUUGAUGACAUGAUGAGGAUAAAGACGUGGCACUUCAGCAUCAGACAACACAGAGAACUGAUCCCUCGCAGCAUAUUGGCCAUGCACGCCCAAGACCCACAGAUGCUGGACCAGCUGUCCAAAAACAUAACAAGAUGUGGUUUAUCGAACUCCACCCUCAACUACCUCCGACUGUGUGUGAUUCUGGAGCCCAUGCAGGAGCUUAUGUCCAGACACAAGACGUACAGCCUCAGUCCCAGAGACUGCCUCAAGACAUGCCUCUUCCAGAAAUGGCAGAGGAUGGUGGCACCACCUGCUGAGCCAUCAAGACAGCCCCCUAACAAACGCCGGAAGCGCAAGAUGUCCGGUGGCAGCACCAUCAGCGGAGGAGGGGGUGGAAAUAACAAUAACAACAACAAAAAGAAGAGUCCUGGUAGUGGCUUUCCUCUGUCCAGCCAAGUUCCAGAUGUGAUGGUAGUGGGAGAGCCCACUCUCAUGGGUGGGGAGUUUGGCGACGAGGAUGAGCGUCUGAUCACACGGCUGGAGAACACGCAGUUCGAUGCGGCAAAUGGCAUUGACGACGAGGACAGUUUCAACAACUCUCCCGCACUAGGCUCCAACUCGCCCUGGAACAACAAGGCCCCCUCCAGCCAGGAGAGCAAGAGUGACAACCCCACUUCACAGGCAUCGCAGUAGAGCCCAGAGGCCCGCAACCUUUACACAAAUCCCUCCCUGUCACUCCUCAGCCCCCAUCCCACCCCUGUAGCCAUGACUGCAAUUGAAACAGUCCAUCUUCUGAUUUACAAACCAAACACUGCUGUAGCGCUCAGAUUCACUUAGAAAAGGCCUGAGAGAGCUCAGUAAGUCCUCCAACUAAGACAGAGGAUCUCCUCCCCCCCCAGUGCUGUCACUUUCCAAUAUUUAGGCACUGUGUCCCAGCACUGUUUGACUUUUCCUCAAGUUGUACACAAUAUGUCCCAUCUGCUGAUGCUUAUUUUCAGUUUGGACGGCAAUUGGGUUGAUGUGACCGAGAAGAAGCCAGGGAUUGAAUCCAGGGGAAAACUAAGUACACUAAUCUGUCCACACUGAAGGUUUACAUGUAGGAAUGGGGGGUGGAGGGGAUGACGGCCGCAGGGCUUCAACAUUUUUGGCGAGUUGCAUAGGGACUACUCGACCACCCAUUAUCCAAACAAAGCUCUCGAUUGUGGUCUGCUCUGCUUAUGCACAAGUCACUCAUGUUUGUUAAUAAAGUAUAUGUGAGUGCGUGAAUGUGUGAGAUUUGUAAGGCGAGAGGUGUGGCAGUGUGAGUUUCAAGUGUGGCUUUGCUGAAGCAGACAGAAUUUCAAUAAAAACAAAACAUUAACACAUUACGGCUGUUUUGUGGCACUAGGGAAACACUACACACGUAUGUAUAUUCACACACACAAACACACACACACACACACUUGCAUAAACAACAUAAUUGAAGGAUUUUCCAGUGUCCUGGUGCCCGGGCCACCUCUGAUUAGACUACAGUGAAUGCAGUCUUUUGAAAUGGAGAGCAUUUACAACACAUGCACAUACAGUUACACAUUUUAAGAGUUUUUAUACAGUAUAUAUUUCCCUAGAAUGUUUUUUAAUUUGUAUUAAACACCUUCAUUUCAAUUGUUACUUUUUUAUUUUCUACCAAUACUGAAAAGCUACAGACCAAGGAGCAAUGCAGGACUUUUAUCCCUCCCCCCUCUAAAGUAUAUUGUUUUUAUCUUUUCUGUUUAUAAAAGAGAAAUAAUUUUAGUGUGGAUGUUUUUAUUUUGUCUUUUAUUUUUCUUUUGAAGAAAUUUUGUGUAUUUGUGCUUGUAUAUUUAAGGUAGUAGCAAAGUUUUGUCUGACUGUAAUAAAAAUGUAUUCUUACUUACAUUUACCUAAAGCCAUCCCGAUCUAAUGUAAAGAAACAAAAAUAGGAAAAAGGAGAAAAACACUCAUGAACUUGUCCCCUGUCCCCUUCCACCUGCUGUCUUUCCUCCUUCCUCCUUUUUUAAGACUUGUGUAAAUUACAAACCCCCGAGGGUACAAUGGCACCAUGCAAAGAUGAUUUCACCAUUUCUUUUUGUUUUCCUUUUUAAUUUAUUUUGGAAUUUUCCAAAAUGUAUUUCAUCUUUGUUGAAAGUUAUUUUUCACAUAACAUUAAUCACCUUUUUUUUUCUGUAAUUCAUCUUGAUGUCAAGUGAAUGUGCUCAAUGAUGUUUAGUUGCCCAAUAACUUUCAUAUUUCAUCACUGUUGAGAUUUUUUUUUUAAAUUAGUUUCUGUCCAGACUGCCUUUAUUUGUAUUGUCUUGUUUAUAACCAUCAGUCACGCGCCAGCUUAACAUUUAGUUCAGAUUACAUAUUUGGUAGCACUGCUGAGUCUGUAGAUUUUAAUGAACAGCUGUUAUUGGUUUGUACAUUUCCAUGGUUUGAGUUGAUCUCCAGCAGCAUUUAUGAAUGAGUUUGAAUGGUGGUUUGUACCUUCUCCAAACCCUGUAGAGAAAUCAUUGUUUGAUAUAUAUUUUUUUGAUUUGGUUAGUUUCUGCCCUUAAUAAUUAAUGUAUGGUACCAAUAAAAUGAUACAUUUUCACUUUAAGAUAA